AUGGCUCCAUCCGUGCAGCCCGUGGACGCCAACCUGGGACUCACCUUUGACCCGACGACGAACCGGACCAAGUCUCCGGAGCAUGUGCAGGUGAGGGUUGCCGAGGGUUGGGCUGGCUUGACGGUUUUCGGAUAUGAGGUGUACGGCAACCUAACCCAACGGCUGGAAUCCGAAGGGUUUGUCAGAGACGUCGAUAUCCUCCCGAUGGGCUAUGACUGGCGGUUGAGCGUUGCCGACUGGGAGCAAGAAGCCUUCCCUCGCUUCUUCAGGACAAUCUCAGACGCGGUGUCGAAGAAUGGUCAGCCGGUUGUGCUGACUGGCCUAUCGAUGGCGGCUCCGUUCACGCACGCGUUCCUGAGAUGGGCAAACGCAAAGCGCGGGGGCAAGAGUUGGGUGCAAAAGAACGUGCACGCCUUCGUGCCGGUCGGAGGCCCCUUCAAUGGCGCAGUUAAUGCGCUAUCAGCACUCGUCGGCGGAAUGGCCUUUGCCUACACGCCCCCGGGCCAGCCAGGCGCUGCCAAGUUCACGUGA